GCUGCGUGCUUCGUAAGCCUCCAAAUCGCAAUUGCGUGGGCGAAUUGGCGAGUUCCUCGUCCAUGUGAUGUCAUCUCGAGCUGACCUGUAAAACUUCGACUCGACGGAAAUGAAAUUUCCAACUGUCCCUCUACAGCUUGGGCUCCACCGCUCCAGCCUCCAGGUAGCAAGUGCUUGUGUUUUGCUGUCCUCUCUCCGACACCUCGUCGAUCGAGUUCCUAAAGAGAAGCAAGCAAGCAAAGGGGAUCCCCCCGCCUCCGCAUCCGGCGACAGCGACCAACCGGAGCCAACAGCGGGCCGCAGGAGGGAGCGGGGAGAUGGGUCUGGGGUCGUGCUGCUGCCGGUGCCUGGAGAUCCUGUGCGCCAUCCUCCUCCCGCCGCUCGGCGUCUGCCUCCGCCACGGCUGCUGCUCCAUGGAGUUCUGGAUCAGCGUGCUGCUCACCAUCCUCGGCUACCUGCCCGGCGUCCUCUACGCCGCCUACGUCAUCCUCUCCGUUGACCCCGACCGCGUCCGCCGCCGCGGCCACGACGACGACGAUGACUACAUCUACGUCGCCUGACCGACCACCAACUUGUGGCCGGCCAUCCAUGACUGCCUCUGCCUCCCUCCCCUGCAUCGAUCUCUGUAUGGUGUUCGGUUAGUAGAAUCCAGAGUCCCUGUUCCUGCCCCCUGUAAACCUGUCGUACCAUGUACUUGUAUCAUGUUAAAUUUCAACGAGAUUUUGAGACGGUUUGCCGAC